CUCUUCUUCUUGCCUCUGUCUAUCUGUCCAGUCCGGGAAUGUUGACCACCGUGGCCUGAUCCUCCGCUGCCGAGUGUCCCUUCAUCUCCGGACUGCCACUCUCCGCGUUUGUCUCUGGCGGCCGUAGCCUCCCUUCAAUUGAUCCGGCUGUAAGGUUCCGCUCUGUCCAUCUCGUAUCGAAACUGAUCCCGCCGAGCGAACUGUGCGAAAGAGCCCAGGAGCACAAAACAUGGCUGUGGCCGGAUGUCCGGAUUAUUUCCUGCAUCAUCCAAAUUAUCAGCAAGACAAUAUAGACCGGUCCUCCAAUCACAGGCAAGCUGACCUCAUUGGUCCAGCUUUCCAGCAAUCAGCCAAUCGGAGUUCUCCUAACCAUCAAGAGGAUGACGUCGAUUUAGAGGCCCUGGUGAAUGAUAUGAACUCUUCGCUGGAGAGCCUGUAUUCCACCUGCAGUGGUCAGCAGACAGAGUCCACACCACUACUGCACAAUGGACAGACCUCUUCCUCACACCACCACCACCACCAUCAUCUUCACCACACGCAACACAUCCAGCCUCGGCAGGGUCAGCACUCACAGGCGCUAAGCCACAUCUCCCCGGAGCCGCCCUCCUCCUCCUCCUCGUCCGUGGACUCACCCCAAACCGGCCUUCGGCGGUCACAACCCAUGCACAUCCUCGCUGUCAGGAGGUUGCAGGAGGAGGAGCAGCAGCUGAGGACAUCGUCUCUCCCGGCCAUCCCGAACCCUUUCCCCGAGCUCUGCAGUCCAGCCAGCUCGCCUGUCCUCAGUCCUGGCUCCCUACCUCCUGGAGAACCCUCCGCUGGCAACUACAUUGUAAAGAUCUUCAGUGAAGACGGCAUGGGUAAAGUGGUGGAGAUCCCGGCCGACAUGACAGCCAGAGACCUGUGCCAGCUCCUGGUUUAUAAAAGCCAUUGUGUGGACGACAACAGUUGGGCACUUGUUGAACACCACCCGCUGCUAGGACUAGAGCGUUGUCUAGAAGACCAUGAGCUGGUGGUUCAGGUCCAGGCCUCUAUGAACAGCGACAGUAGAUUCCUCUUCAGGAAGAACUAUGCCAAAUAUGAAUUCUUCAGAAACCCCUUGACAUUUUUCCCAGAGCAAAUGGUUGCAUGGUGCCAGGAAACCAGUCGUACGAUUCCACCAUCUCAGCUCCUCCAGAACUUCCUGGCGACCAGCAGCUGUCCGGAGAUCCAGGGGUAUCUGUACGUGAAGGAGGUGGGUCGGAAGUCGUGGAAGAAAGUUUACCUGUUCCUGCGGCGCUCAGGACUCUACUGCUCUACAAAAGGAACUUCAAAGGAGCCCAGACAUCUACAGCUACUAGCAGACCUUGAAGACAGCAACAUCUUCACUGUCAUCACAGGCAAAAAGCAGCACGGUGCACCCACAGACUACGGCUUCUGUAUAAAGCCCAAUAAAGGUCGAGGGGAGUUGAAGGAGUUGAGGAUGCUGUGUGCUGAGGAUGAGCAGGGCAGGACUUGUUGGAUGACUGCCUUCCGACUCUUUAAGUAUGGGAUUGUAUUGUACCAGAAUUACAAGAUUCCUCAACAAAGAAAAACCUUACUUUCACACUUUUCAGCGCCUGUGCGGAGUGUAUCAGAGAACUCCCUUGUAGCAAUGGAUUUCUCAGGGAGGAUAGGCAGGGUGAUUGACAACCCCGUGGAAGCUCAGAGCGCCGCCAUGGAGGAGGGACAUGCGUGGAGGAAGAGGAGUCAACGAAUGAACGUAUUAGGCUCCCACAGUCCACUCCACCACUCCUCACUAAGCUCAGUCAUCCACAUAGCACAGUUGUGGUUCCAUGGCAGGAUAACCAGAGAAGAAUCCCAUCGCAUAAUCCACCAGCAGGGACAAGUAGAUGGGUUGUUCCUGCUGAGAGUCAGUCAAAGUAACCCCAAGGCGUUUGUGCUCACAUUGUGCCAUCACCAGAAAAUCAAACAUUUCCAGAUACUACCGUGUGAAGAGGACGGCCAGGUCUUCUUCAGCCUUGACGACGGCGCCACCAAAUUCACCGACCUGAUUCAGCUGGUGGAGUUCUACCAGCUCAACAGAGGAGUGCUGCCUUGUAAACUCAAACACCCGUGCACCGUCGUGGCCUUAUGACACCUUCGGAUCAUCUGACCCCAUCACCCCUAUCACUUGACCUGACUCUGCCUAAAACAAAUGAAACAACGAGAACCUUUCUCUUGGUCGGUUCUUUUUGUUUUUAUCUUUAUAAGAAGCUGGUGAAUUGACUGAUGUUUCGUUGUCGUCAUUUUAUAUUGUCGUGAGUCCGCCGGAGACUGCUGACUUGUUGGAUUCCUUUUGGUUUGCAUGGAUGUCUGAGGAGUCGGAUGCACAACUUGCUCACAAGGUUCCGCAGUUGAGAAGAUAAAGGAAAUGAACACUGCCGUUUGUAUCAAUGCCGUUGCAAAAUCUUCCACAAUCUUGCGACCCACAGUCAUCAAUAAGCUCGGACACAGUGACCCUCUAGGUCUUAUCACACAGCUCAAGUGUAGACUGUAUUUCCCUUCAAGUGGACAAUCAGAAGGACAAUUCAAUUUGUGUGGACCACUCUGCUCUCUGAGAACAAACAGUAGUCUCAUUCGAACUUCAUCCCACAUGCUCAAAGAACAUACUGUAAAUGGAGAGUUGAUUGUCUCGUAGCUUUGCACUCAUCGAACUGGGAAUGGCCUUUGACGGUGCAUGACUUCUCUGCUGUUGCAUUACUUAACUGUGAGAUGGUGCCACUGCCCUCUAGUGUCGCAGGCAUGUAAGGACAUGUGAAAAUUCAACAUGGAUGAGCUUCGGAGGCCGCAGCGAGUGUUGCUCCUCAGUCCUUUUGAGGUUUGGAAACAACAACAGCUUGUCAAGUCAAACGAGCCUGGAGGAAAUGGCUGAGGACAAAUCUAGAACUGAAAGUAUUUUUUUAACAGUGGACAAUACGGAAUCUGCAUUGACCACCCUCGCAUAAAUUUAUUUGCUCAUCUCUGACCACACAGGGUUUCUUUUCUUAAUGAUACAUUCACUGCAGUUGUGUAUUGUUAUCAAUAUUGUCUUGAGUCCACCUUUUGCAUUCUGGAUUGUUGCAUCUCUUCAUUAUUCACAUAAGCUACAACAAUGUAAUUCUGUAUUUGUUAUUCUAUUGCACGCUCCAGUUCAAGUACUCAACUCAAGUAUUUCCCAUGCAACUUUCACAAAAAUUAAUAGGCAAAUCAAAGCAUUGUGUCAUUCAGGGUGAAAUAACAAGUAAUAAAGCUAGAGGAAAUGUGUAACCAGGUAGACAGUUUUGGUGAUAGUAAUGUUGAAAAGUGAAAACAAGGUCACUAUAUGCGGGAAAUUAGCAAGUGCAGCCGUAUGCCGUAGUUUACUGCAGGCAAAGGUAACAUGAUACCUGUUGCAAAUGAUACAGUGGGACAAUGGAGAGUAUCAAUCUUUUGUUCGAUUCUCCUCACCUCAACACAGGGAGGGAUAACCACUAGCUACUCCUUCAGGUGUUUUUCAAGUGACAGCAAAUCAAAGAAAAAUCAUUGUCAAACAAACGAGAUCAGCCCAGGUUUCAGUGGAUCCUGCGGGAAACAGAUGUCCUGGUUCUGGACCCGCUUUUCAUGCGUUGUUCCGCAAAUUGCCUCCUACCUAUGGGAAGUCAGUGAGACGUUGUCAAACAUAAAUGGCUGGGAACUUGGUUUAGUGCUCUGACUCCACACUGAUCGUAGACUCUGUGCAUUACAUUCCAUAUAAUGCGGCCUUUUUUCUGCCUGGAAGUACUUGUGAGCCAAUAGUAUCACAUAUACACCUGCUGCCUACUGCACAUCACCUCCGUAUGAAUUCACACAGACUGUCUCUGAAAAGCUAGCUGCUGUUGCUACUGGCCUCGCCUGGCCUCAUCACACUUUCUUUAGCCUGCUGUUGGAUAAAGUAAACGUGCGCUCUCAGCGGUGCGGCAGCAACGUCAGACUGGGGCUCAGGAGAAUUCAGACUUCUGACUGCUAAAGUACUGCAGGGCCCAUUUUCAUUGUUUUAUCCCAGAUCCUUCACUUAAAUUUAGUUGCCUCUGGUGCAUGAUGGGUUUUUGAUUGACGAUAAUGAGAACACCAGACUGAAGCAGGAUUUAAAAGUCAGUUUGAGGGCACUGAAUACACAAAUACACUACCUUUUUGUCCAAGACUGUGCAGUUUCAGCAGAAAUCUAUUGUUUUCCUAAUGCCAGCUGAGGUCAGUCAAAAAAAAAGUGUACAUUUAAAUGGAUUUCCCUUUGUGUUCUGGGCAAGUCUAAGACGGAGCUCCUGUGAUUAACCGUAGUGAAAGGAAGAUUUCAGCGCAAGGUCUCUAGGCAACCUGGAUCAGAUUUCUUUUGGAGUAGAUGGGUGUGCUCUUUCAGCACCUAGUGAUAACGUCUGUCAGAAUGAAACUGAAUGGAUGGAAAACCCAGCCACCUCCAAUUCUGAGAAGACAAAUACAUGAAUGCCCCGAAGGGAAGUAUGUCUGAUGAUGUUCACACUCAGAGUCCGUCGCUCCCACUAAACUUGGUUCGUAAUCGCCCUCUUUGAAAUGUCUCAUCACAAACAAAGCAGCUCAUUUGUUUGUUACUCCACCAUUAUCCCUGAAAUUUCUGAAACCUCACACUUUAAAGUUUGAUUUAGUCCAAGCUUUGAUGGCGGCUCUGGUUAGAGCACCAGCCAGCAGGCAGUUUGCCAUCUGUUUGUACUCACCUGUAAUGCAGCAUCAACAGCCACCAUGUAUUUACCUGCAGGUUGUCUUAAAAGUGUGUCGAACAUCUGAGAUGCAGAAUAGCUGCACCAUAUUGACUCUCUGUGCAUGGUCACCAUUAUUUAUCUAAGAUGCAAUGACUCAAUCAUUUUUUUAAGUAUUGUUGCAGCAAAAUGUAUUUAUUUAUCUGGAUGUGACUGAUUACUUGAAAAGUUUAGAUUUCUUUUUCUCGGCGCUGUUCUGUACUGUUUUCUUUUGUCAUUACCAUGAAAUGAUUGACCAGUGUGAUUUAUUAUUCUAAUUAUUAUUAUUGUAAUGACAUAGCAUCUAUUGAUGUACUUUGUUGUCUUUUUUUUUUUUUUUUUUUUUUUUAGUUUAAUUCAAAAACUAUUUUGUUGUCAUCAACACUUGUUAUGAAGUGAUGUUUUAAAGCACACUGGCAUCCAUAGUGUUAACAUUGUCAUUCCCAUAGAUGACAGGUUGAGUUUCCCAAAGCAUUAGUCACAACGUUUGUUUUUUUCUUUUGUUUUUUUUACCCUUUUAGUUACGGUUCUUGUUUCACCCAGAUUGACUUUUACAAAUUUUCUUUCCCUUCAUCACGGUUUUGUGGUGACCUAAACUAGAGAAAAUAGAUAUUAAUUAAUGACGCCGCAAAUGUUUUGGGAAACUGGGUCAAGUAAGCCUCAAUAUUCUCAUAAUUCACUGUUUAAACACCUUGCCUUGAUGAAAAAAUUGUCGAAAAUUUAGAUGUAGAAAAAAAAAGCCCUUUUCAUUCAAUUUAACCCCUACCCCGCAUGCUCCACCCCCCAU